AUGAGCAGUCACGCAGCGAACUACGGUCUUGCGGCCCCAUUUCAUACGAUCGCUCUCUUUGGGGCGAACGGACAGCACAUUUUGCACGCAUUGGUGUCUUCCAAGCGACCUGGUCAUGAGUUCACGGUCGUCGCAUUUAUUCAGCCUGGCACACGGCUCCAAGAUCAGAAUAACGUGGUAAUCAAGACUUUCGAUGUGGAAAAGGCAACCCGUGGGGAACUAUCCAAGGAUCUCAAAGGCGUAGAUGUGAUAGUCAGCGCGUUGAAUGGUCCUGCAUUGGAAGGCCAAGCCAUGAUCCAAGACGCUGCUGCGGAUGCAGGCGUGAAGCGUUUCUAUCCUAGCGAAUAUGGCUUCCACCAGAUUUACCGCAAGCCCAACGACCCCAUGGGCUAUAUCCACCCGGCAUGGAACAUGAAAGCAAAAUAA